AUGUGUAGCUCUGUAGCCAUGGCCGAGGUAGCAACAGCCGCCACGACAGCAGCGACGAAGAAGGACAAGAAAGCCCCUCAGGAGGAGGUUGUCGUGCAGCAGACGGAUCAGGCACAAGUUGGUGUAAUCAUCAAAGUGCUGGGCCGCACUGGUUCCCGUGGUAACGUGACUCAGGUUCGCGUUCGCCUCAUGGCGGAGGAGGGAUCACCGGAAGCUAAUCGCACGAUUGUGCGCAACGUAAAGGGUCCGUGCAAGGAGGGUGACAUGCUUUCUCUGAUGGAAACGGAACGUGAAGCGCGCCGGCUACGCUGA